GCCUCCGCCUCCGCCUCCGCCUCCGCCCGCGUAGCCCCGCCAUGGCUCUGUAGCCGCGACCCCUCCGUGCCCCCGGCCCUUCUCCGCGCUCACCGCGCCUGCGCUCUCCACUCCCGCCUUCUCUCUUCAGCCGAGGCCGCUGCUGCCUCUCUUUUCCGCAGCCAUGGAGUCCUCCACUUUCACCUUGGUGCCUGUCUUCGCCCAGCUGAGCAACCUCCAGAGCCGCCUCCCAGCUGUUGGUGCAGCCUCCUUCAUUGCCACCCGUGCCCAGCGCCUGUGCUGCAGCCAUGUCACUCCUGGCGACCCUGGGGCUGGAGCUGGACAGGGCCCUGCUCCCAGCUAGCGGGCUGGGCUGGCUCGUCGACUAUGGGAAACUCCCCCUGGCCCCUGCCCCCCUGGGCCCCUAUGAGGUCCUUGGGGGAGCCCUGGAGGGCGGGCUUCCAGGGGGGGGAGAGCCCCUGACAGGCGAUGGCUUCUCAGACUGGAUGACGGAGCGGGUUGACUUUACAGCUCUCCUCCCUUUGGAGCCCCCCUUACCCUCAGGUGCCCUCCCCCCACCUUCCCCAUCCCCCCCUGACCUGGAAGCCAUGGCCUCCCUCCUCAAGAAGGAGCUGGAGCAGAUGGAAGACUUCUUCCUUGAUGGCCCACUUCUCCCGCCACCCUCCCCGCCACCACAGCCGCUGCCGCUGACACCACCGCCACCACCACCACCACCGCCACCAGCACCCUCCCUUCCUCUCCCCCUGCCCACCUUCGACCUCCCCCAGCCCCCUGCCCUGGAUACCCUCGACCUGCUGGUCAUGUACUGCCGCAACGAGGCUGGGCAGGGGGAUGCGGGGUUGGCUCCCCUCCCCCCAGCACAGCAGCCCCCUCCUCCACCUCCACCCUCUCGCCCGGCCCCCUACCCCAAUCCUGCCACCACCCGAGGGGACCGCAAGCAAAAGAAGAGAGACCAGAACAAGUCAGCGGCUCUGAGGUACCGCCAGAGGAAGCGGGCAGAGGGGGAGGCCCUGGAGGGGGAGUGCCAAGGGCUGGAGGCACGGAACCGCGAGCUGAGGGAGAGGGCUGAGUCGGUGGAGCGGGAGAUCCAGUACGUCAAGGACCUGCUCAUCGAGGUGUACAAGGCUCGAAGCCAGAGGACCCACAGCUGCUAGAUGGGCAGGGCUUGGGGCUAUAGGGGGCGCUGGUCUUCAUCUCUGUUUCUGGGGCUGAGGUGGGAGGGUCCCUCUGUCAUCCCUCCGCCUCUAGCCUCUUUCCAUCCCCCCAUCUCUCUCCUUUUCUCCUUGUGUCCUUGUCCAUUUCUGAUUUUGCUCCCUUCUUCCCUCCCCAGAAUCAUGACACGUCUGGCCUUAGUCAAUACCAACACUUCUCAGGUGACAGCUGAGGGACUGGGGCCCCAGGGAGCUCAGGGUCUGUCCAGCAGGGCAGUGAGGCCGGGAAGCUGUGCAGAGUGAGGGCAGAUGAAGACGGGAGAGCCCUCUGGGGAAAAGUCAGGGAGGGUUUUAAGAUCGACACCCACAUUAUUAAGCAAAAAAA